AGCUAUAAAGAUCGGUAGUCAAGCUUUAAGCAUUCAGCCUUCAGCCUUCAGCCUUCAGCUAUACGGACUAUAUUUACUUGGUUACCCCUUAAGAUGACAAACUUACGGCCACGGACUGCCGCCUCCAAGAGCAACAAAAGGCUCUUCUUGGUCCUUUUCGACCGUCUCCUCCUACUGACUGUCUUCGUUUCCACAAUCACCGCCGAAGCAACAGCCUCCAAUAGGAAAUCUGGGAGCAGAACUGCCACUGUUGCAUACCAUGCCAUCAUCAAAUCCUCAUGCGGCUCCACAUUGUACCCGGAAUUGUGCCUCUCAACACUCUACGCCGCCCCAGACGCUGCAUCCAAGGUCCAGACCCCAGAGGACGUGAUUGAAAUCGCGCUUAACAUGACCAUCGCCACCGUUCAGCACAACUACCUUGCAAUCAAGAAACUAAACAGCAACGCUGUGGGCCUGACUGAACGCGAGAGGACUGCCCUCAAAGACUGCCUCGAACUGGUGGACGAAACGCUGGAUGAGCUGAACAAGUGUGACGGGGAAGUCCAUGAGUCCGUACAGAAACACGCCGAAGACCUCAAGAGCCUCCUCAGCGCCGCCAUGACCAACCAAGAAACCUGCCUCGACGGAUUCUCUCACGAGAAGGCGGACAAGAAGGUGCGCAAAGCUUUGAUCGAAGGGCAGCUGAAGGUGUUCAAUAUGUCAAGCAAUGUACUGGCCAUGAUCAAGAACUUCACCGACACAAAGUCUCAGGCCACUUCAAGAAAAAAGCUUGAAGAGCAAAUUGGAAUGAAAUGGCCGGAAUGGUUGUCGGCGGGGGACAGGAGGCUGCUUCAGGCGCCAGCGGUGGUUCCUGACGUUACUGUGGCGGCUGAUGGGAGUGGUAACUUUCGUACGGUGGCGGAAGCGGUGGCUGCAGCGCCUGAGGGGAGCACUAGGAGGUAUGUUAUAAAGAUUAAAGCUGGUGUAUAUAAGGAAAAUGUGGAGGUCCCAAAGAAGAAGACAAGCCUCAUGUUCGUCGGAGAUGGAAGGACCAAUACCAUCAUCACCGGAAGCAGGAACGUCGUUGACGGCAGCACGACUUUCCACUCUGCAACAGUAGCCGUUGUAGGGGACAGGUUCUUAGCAAGGGACAUAACGUUUCAGAACACGGCUGGACCGUCAAAACACCAGGCAGUAGCCCUUCGGGUGGGAUCGGACCUCUCCGCCUUCUUCCGCUGCGACAUGCUCGCCUACCAGGACACCCUUUACGUCCACUCCCUCCGCCAAUUCUACAUCCAGUGCUUCAUAGCCGGUACCGUCGACUUCAUCUUCGGAAACGCCGCCGCAGUAUUCCAAAACUGUGACAUCCACGCCCGCCGCCCCAACUCGGGCCAGAAAAACAUGGUCACCGCACAAGGCCGCGAAGACCCGAACCAGAAUACCGGAAUCGUGAUCCAGAAAUGCCGCAUUGAGGCAACCUCAGAAUUAGAAGCCGUAAAAGGCAGUGUGGAGACGUACCUGGGGCGACCGUGGAAGCAGUAUUCGAGAACGAUCAUUAUGCAGUCUAGUAUUAGUGAUGUAAUUCACGGGAAGGGGUGGUUCGAGUGGAGCGGCAACUUUGGGCUUCAGACUCUGUUCUAUGCAGAGUAUCAGAACAGCGGACCCGGCUCCGGUGUCUUGAGCAGGGUGAAUUGGGGAGGGUUUAAGGUGAUUAGCAGUGCGACGGAGGCGCAGGCGUUCACCGCCGGGAGUUUUAUUUCGGGAGCGAGUUGGCUUGGGUCUACUGGCUUCCCUUUUUCUCUUGGACUCUGAGUAAGAUUUGCCCUCGUGAAAGGAAUGCUGCUAAGGUUAAUUAAUGAAUAAUGGAGCUAGUCUGCGCACUAUGUGUAGGAUGGCUGUUGUGUUAAAAUUUUUAAACUUAAAUCUUUUUUUUUGAAUGAAAUAUCUCGUCGUUA